GCACAACGACGCCGAAGAAGAAGGCGGAGAAACUGAAGCAACUUGCUCGCCGGAGAAGAAGCUGAAACAACUUUCUCACGGUGAAACGACGCCGGAGAAGCAGCUGAAACAACAGUUACCUUAUCGCCGUGAAACAAGUAUAUCUCGGUGAAACGACGCCGGAGAAUUAACUGAAGCAAGUUUAUCGCGGUGAAACGACGCCGGAGAAGCAGCUGAAACAACAAUUUUAUUUCCGUGAAUCAACGCCGGAGAAGAAGCUGAAGCAACUUUCUAACAGCGAGACGACAGCUCAAAACGACGCCGUUUGCUCAUUUUCCGAUUCGCUUAUCAGUUUAGACCGUAGAGUUUGUAAAUAUGGAAUUUCCGUUGAUAGCUCGAUGUACGAAUACUCCAUCGACGACGUCGUUUUUAGGAUGUAAAGUGAGUUUAUGCGAUUUUCCGAUUAGGAAUAAUCGAGAUAAGAGGAAUUAUAAUGAGAAACUUUCGGUGGUGAGGAUUAAAGCUAUGGCGGAGAAGUCAGGUACCGGCGAAGCGUCAUCAGUUGAAAUUCGGGAGAGCGAAAAUGGAGGAGUAGGAUACACGGGGUCUACUAUGGAGGUGACUACAUUCAAUCAGAGCUUCAGUGAUGCGCAGUUACCUGUUUGGGAGAAAAUCGGUGCUGUUGUCAGACUCAGUUAUGGAAUCGGCAUCUAUGGAGCAAUGGCUUUAGCCGGAAAGUUCAUAUGCUCAAUAUCUGGAAUUGACUGCACAGGAGGGUUCAGUCCAUCAUUAGAUGCCAUUGUUGAAGGACUAGGAUAUGCAGUUCCACCCAUUAUGGCUCUUCUAUUUAUACUAGAUGAUGAAGUUGUGAAGCUAUCUCCUCAUGCGCGAGCAAUCAGGGAUGUUGAGGAUGAAGAGCUACGGAACUUCUUUUAUGGAAUGUCACCUUGGCAGUUCAUUCUGAUUGUCGCUGCUAGCUCUGUUGGAGAGGAACUUUUCUACCGUGCUGCUGUUCAGGGAGCUUUGGCUGACAUUUUCUUAAGGAGCACUGAUUUGGUGACUGAUGCUCGAGGGAUGGCAUCAUUGACUGGUGUUUUGCCACCUUAUGUACCAUUUGCUCAAGCAUUUGCAGCUGUAAUGACAGCAGCUCUUACUGGUUCUUUAUAUUAUAUGGCUGCUUCUCCAAAAGAUCCUACCUAUAUUGUUGCACCAGUGCUGAAGUCGCGUUCAGGUCGUGAAGAUCUGAAAAAACUCUUUGCAGCUUGGUACGAGAGGCGGCAGAUGAAGAAGAUUUAUUCUCCUUUACUGGAAGCAAUACUAGCCCUUUACCUUGGGUUUGAAUGGAUCCAGACAAACAACAUUCUUGCACCUAUAAUCACACAUGGAAUAUACUCUGCUGUAAUUCUUGGACACGGACUCUGGAAAAUCCACGAUCAUCGGAGAAGGCUACAUCAGAGAAUCCAACAACUUAAACAAGAAGGCAAGAAUUCAAGUAAAUUGUAAAGUGCCUACAAUAUAGUGAGAACAAAUAAUUAGCGUUGUACGCAGGAUUUUUCUGAAUUGUACUUUGGGAGAGAGGUUAUAACACUGUAUAAAAACUAUGUAACAUAUAAGAAUAAUAAUAGUUG